GGGCGAACCGAACGCAUCAUUGGCAGAAUUUUUCUGGAGCGAAUAAGAUCUUGCGCUGCUUCCACGCUUCAUAUUCUUUCGACAACCUGAGCUCAUGUCACAACUCAUAAAAUACCCCAACCGACUAUUUUUACCGUAAUUGAUUACGAGACAGAGCAAUUGCGACUUGCAUUCACCUCGCUACCCCUCCAACCCUUCGAAUCCGCAACCGAAACACUCGAAUCGCAAUCUGGACUGAAUGGCUUCCUCGGACUGCCUCUUAUUCGACCAACGCAGCUGUAUUUCGUUUCCUUGUCGAUAACCUCUUUGGGAUUGUGCUGCUCUUGCGCUAUUCGCUGCGAAGUCGACUUCUUUGCACACUUUUCUGCAGCUUUGAUGCUGCUCUAUCAUAUCUGAAACUCCGGAAGAGUUACUGGUCUGGUUCGAGGUUUAUCGAAACCCGCCCACCAUGAAGUUUGGACGCAAUCUGCCUCGCAAUCAAGUACCAGAAUGGUCAUCCGCAUAUAUCAACUAUAAGGGAUUGAAGAAGCUUAUCAAAGCGGCUGUUGCUACAGUCAAGGCUGGUCAAGAUGCUGAUCUUGCUGAGUUCUUCUUCUCCCUUGAUAGGAAUCUCGAAGACGUCGACGACUUCUACAACAAAAAGUUCGCAGAUGCUUCUCGAAGAUUGAAGCUACUCCAAGAUCGUUACGGUACAUCAAAACAAGCCUUGGAAGCUUUGGACAGGAAUGAAAUCGACGAGCUUAUCGAUGCGCUUUUGGAGCUUAGGGGUCAGCUUAGAAAGCUGCAGUGGUUUGGCGAAGUCAAUCGCAGAGGCUUUGUCAAGAUCACAAAGAAAUUGGACAAGAAAGUGGAGAAUGUCUGCACACAACAACGAUAUCUAGCUUCGAAGGUGGACCCCAGGCCGUUCGCCACAAAUGCCGCUCUGACUACGGCUAUGAAGACUAUCAACGACUGGUUGUCAGUUCUGGGAGAGACUAAGUCGAAGGAUGAUGCUCAAUCGGUACAUUCAGCACACUCUAUCAAGCGUGUGUCCUCUCGAUCUAUUCUCGACUUACCCAAUGGUCUCCUCGAUACCGUGGACCAAGCUAUCAGGAACGAUGACGUACCCAUACUCCAAGAGACUUUAGCAGAGGCAAACUUCGACCCUGAAGAACCAGCAAUGCAGAAGCUCUUCGUCAAUCUCUUGCAAAGAUCCAUUUCUUGCAAGUCCAAGCGAACUAUAGCUUAUCUCUUAAAGCGGAUCAAGUCGUUGGACGAGGCCGAUGACAUCAAUGAGCGCAAUUGCUUACAUCGCCUCGUUAUCUCUAUCGGACGAGCGAAAUCAGCCAUCACCGGAGAGCAAACAAGCAUAGCUCUUUUGCCUGUGGAUGCAGACGAGACUCGAUAUCUUACUCCUGCAGCAUCACCUCCUCUUGGCCCUGCUACCAGUAAUCUCAAAGAGAGCAAUUUGCUGAGCUUGAGUGAUGAGUCUGUCAAGCUUCUGACCUAUGUCCUCGAUCACUUAGAGCCUAGUCAGCGCAUCGCUCUCAAGACUAGAGACAGCUAUGGACGAUAUCCACUACACUAUGCUGCUCAGUUUGGCUUCGUUGUGAUAUGCGAACUGGUCAUGAAAUAUAUGCAGCAAUGGGGUCAAUUCGAUGUAUCACACGGUAUCGACGCACAGGAGUGGCAGGACAGAGAAGGCCUUGCUCCAUUGCAUCUCAGUGUGAUUGGAGGACAUCCAUUGACUACUCAAGCUCUUUUGAAUGGCGAGAACUGGCAAGGACCUAACGACAGAAAGGUCGCAAUGCGAAAAGACAUCUCAAAAUCAAGUGCUGUUCUUGCUCUCGCCACGAAGUCGAACUUUACCAGGAUUGUCAAACUUCUUGUGGAUGCUGGUGUUGACAUCAAUUGGCAAGACGAGACUGGAGAGACAGCUCUGCACGUAGCUGCAAGAUUUGGACAUGCAGAUUGUGCUAAGAUACUUCUCGAGGGCACACCAGAUCAGAAGGCCGAUUUCGAGCUGACUGAAAAGACUUUCUCCUGGACACCUCUGCAUGUUGCCUGUGUGGACGGGCAUCUGUCCAUUGUUGAACUUCUCGUCGCAGCAGGUUCUGAUCUGAGGAAGCUGGAUGCAUCUGGUUGGACAGGCAGAGAGCAUGCUGCUUUGAGAGGCCAUAUGGCUAUCGCUGAACGACUUGCACAAGAAACUCCUGAUGAGCCAGACUCGGAAAGCUCUGUAAGUACGGCAUCUUCAUCUCCUCCGAGAAUGACCUCCAUGGAGGCAUCUCGCUCUCAAACCAAUAAUGUGCGAUCCAUCGAGUCGGUUAAGACAUUCGGUCAUCGCUAUCUUACCAAGGAAAGCAUGGUGCUUGUCAGCUUGGGAUCAAUGGACAUGCGAAAGGAUAUUCCAGCUGUCAAGUUGGAUCGAAUUCCCAUUGAAGAGGCGCACUCCACCCAACUAGACACAGCUCUAUCUGUGAUCGUCAGUGCAAGUGGUGCUCAGGGCGAACCCACAAUCAUCGACCUUCCUGUGCAAGACAAUAUCUCCACUGAGCCAAUGGUGUUUACCGCCAUUGACGCGAGCAAAGUGAAGCUUUAUUUCGAUAUUGUCCCUACGUAUUCUGGCAGCCAAGAGCACAAAGUCGGCCGAGGAGUUGCUAUUCUGUCCAGCAUCAAGCAAGCAAUUGGACUUAAGCGCAUGAACCUACAAGGAGACGUCAGUGUGCCAAUCAUGAGCACAAAUCUCGAGGUCAUCGGCAUUGUCAAUUUCAACUUCCUCAUCAUCACUCCUUUCUCUCAUCCCAAUAUGAGUAUCACCAAGAACCAGACAUAUUGGAAGAAGAUGUCAUCUACCAUGGUUAUUGGACAUAGAGGUCUCGGUAAGAAUGCUGUAUCUAACAGAUCUCUCCAAUUGGGCGAGAACACUAUUCAGUCCUUCCUAACGGCUUCCAAUCUUGGUGCAAACUAUGUCGAAUUCGAUGUUCAGCUCACUAAAGAUCUUGUGCCUGUUAUCUACCAUGAUUUCUUGGUCAGCGAAACUGGAAUUGAUGCUCCUGUCCAUACUCUUACACUGGAGCAAUUUCUUCACGUUAACGACACUACACCUAGAGUAUCACGACCUCCAUCGCCACCAAAAGAGAACCCUCAAUUCCGCGUUGUCCGUGGUGCCGAUCGUCAACGUUCAUUGUCACUUGGUCCUAUGAUGCCUGAACUUGAUAUGGCUGAGAGAAUGAAGCAUACCCGUGACUUCAAGGAGAAAGGCUACAAAGCUAACACUCGAGGAAACUUUAUCCAAGCACCCUUCACCACUCUUGAAGAGAUGUUCGUGAAGCUACCUGAAGAUGUGGGUUUCAAUAUCGAGAUGAAGUAUCCCAUGUUGCACGAGUCCGAAGAGCAUGACAUGGAUACAUAUGCUGUGGAACUUAACAGCUUCGUCGAUACUGUUCUCACAAAGGUCUAUGAUCUUGGUAAGAAUAGGAAGAUCAUCUUCAGCAGUUUCAAUCCUGAUAUCUGUCUGCUUUUAAGCUUCAAACAGCCUAGCAUUCCAGUCCUGUUCUUGACAGACGCUGGUGUGAGCCCUGUUGGCGACAUUCGAGCGAGUAGCUUGCAGGAGGCUAUUCGGUUCGCUAGUCGUUGGAACUUGCUUGGUAUAGUCAGUGCUGCUGAACCACUUUGCAACAGUCCAAGAUUGGUUAGAGUUGUAAAGGAGAGUGGCUUGGUUUGUGUCAGCUAUGGUACUUUGAACAACGAUCCCAUCACGGUUCAGCAACAAGUCAAGGAAGGCAUCGAUGCGGUCAUCGUUGACAGCGUCCUCAAGAUCCGAAACGGUCUGACCAAGAAUGCUGCGAAGACCCCCGAGCCUGUUGCUUCAUGGCCAUCCGAGAAGUUGGAUAACGGUGUCAAUGGCGUCAACGGCCCAGUCGUCGUCUAAGUCUAUCACGAAUCUCUUUCUCUUUCAAACAACAAUUAGAGCAUGCAGAAGGAAGGAAAAGUAAAGAGUGUUCAUUGCAAUAAUGAUUGGAGGAAAUUUCUUGGGC